AUGAACCAACGGUCUCUGACGGCGGUGACAUGUUUUAACCCUCAGAACAGUAAGUGGUUCCCGUUGGCCAGCCUGCCCUUCUACGACAGAGAGUUCUUCAGCGUCAUCUCAGCUGGGGACAACAUCUACCUGUCAGGUAGGCUAACGACGAGGACCCCCCCCCCCACACACACACACACUUUCUCACAUAUAUAUACAUUUAUAUCUGUAUAUCCAUACAUCCAGUGUAAAGUUUUACCAUUAACAUUCUUCCUAUUAUUGUACCCCUAUAUUCCUCCAGAGGUCUCUGUUCUCUCCUCCAUUCUAUAUUCCUCCAGAGGUCUCUGUUCUCUCCUCCAUUCUAUAUUCCUCCAGAGGUCUCUGUUCUCUCCUCCAUUCUAUAUUCCUCCAGAGGUCUCUGUUCUCUCCUCCAUACUAUAUUCCUCCAGAGGUCUCUGUUCUCUCCUCCAUACUCCAUUUGUGUAUACUCCUAUACAGAGUUGUGUAUACUCCUAUACAGAGUUGUGUAACUCCUAUACAGAGUUGUGUAACUCCUAUACAGAGUUGUGUAACUCCUAUACAGAGUUGUGUAUACUCCUAUACAGAGUUGUGUAUACUCCUAUACAGAGUUGUGUAUACUCCUAUACAGAGUUGUGUAUACUCCUAUACAGAGUUGUGUAUACUCCUAUACAGAGUUGUGUAACUCCUAUACAGAGUUGUGAUACUCCUAUACAGAGUUGUGUAUACUCCUAUACAGAGUUGUGUAUACUCCUAUACAGAGUUGUGUAUACUCCUAUACAGAGUUGUGUAUACUCCUAUACAGAGUUGUGUAUACUCCUAUACAGAGUUGUGUAUACUCCUAUACAGAGUUGUGUAUACUCCUAUACAGAGUUGUGUAUACUCCUAUACAGAGUUGUGUAUACUCCUAUACAGAGUUGUGUAUACUCCUAUACAGAGUUGUGUAUACUCCUAUACAGAGUUGUGUAUACUCCUAUACAGAGUUGUGUAUACUCCUAUACAGAGUUGUGUGUAACUCCUAUACAGAGUUGUGUGUAACUCCUAUACAGAUUUAGACCUUGACGUUGGACUGUGAAACAGAACACUAGGAACGCUAAGAUAGAAUGUUCCCCCCUCUCUCAUUUCCUAUAAAUGUAAAUGUGUGUUGGGCCAAUGGACCUGGCCUGUGUGUGUCUGUGGGGAGGCAGGCACUCAGUGGGGAAAUCAGCAGUGUGCAGUAGUACUAACCAGGGCUGAGGACUGGGUGUGUUCCUGCAGAGAAUGGAUGAAAUGUCCACUCUGUUUGCUGCUUUCAAACCAAGCUAGGUAAUGCUUGUAACAGUGAGGGGUUGAAAUAAGGGUGAAUAUGCAGGCAUGGUGUCUUGGUGGUGCCUUGUUACAUUUGCCCCCAGGUCAUAACGAUUCCAAAAUUACUUAUUGGGAACCUGUAAUUUUUUUUUUUAUAUCUGCAUAUUUUUAACAUUGGUUACAUUGUAUAUGCUUUUUAUUUAGUAGGUGUUCGAGUCAGGUGUAAUGGUAGCUGACGAGUGUAUUUUAUGUGUGUGUUUCAGGUGGGACAGAGUCGGGUGUAAUGGUAGCUGACGUGUGGUGCUACAUGUCUCUAUUGGACAACUGGAACCUGAUGUCCCGUAUGACGGUGCCUCGCUGCAGACACAACAGUCUGGUCUACGAUGGGAAACUCUAUACCAUCGGAGGGCUGGGCGUGUCAGGAAACCUGGACCACGUAGAGAGGUAG